GCCACGGCGAAGAAGCCACUCUCUGUCUACCGCCCCAACGCCCCGCGUUCCAAGCUGAAGCAGGAAGACCCGAAGAUCCAAAAGCGUUCCGAUUCCUCCCUAUGGAUUGCAAAAAUGUCCGGGUCUGGAAACUUGUGAUGCAAGCCAGUCAAUAACAAUAACAAACGCACUGCAAUGCGCCGCCAAGCAUGACAAGUUGCUUCGUGCUUCUGUGCUGCGUAUUCCGCAUGAGAAACUGCGUUUUUGCAUGACAGGCUAGAGAGGCUGUUUGUGGCCACGCAAUACAGAUUUAAGGGCCAUGCCAGAUCAGCAUGACAAACCCGGCAACAUUCCAGACCCAGACACUUUUGCAUUUCAUACUCCCUGGCUUUUGACCAGCCGGCGCGGCGGCCGUUUGUGACCAACCAGCAGAACGAUUACCGGGGGCACAUGGGCAUCCAGAGUGCGAACAGCGGGAUUACCAGCAUGAAGGUCAAGCACUUUCACGAACUGCAGCAGCUGUAG